GGGGCAAACUGCUUAUCAGAGGAAAGGAUCUGCUCAACUUUUCUGCUCCAUACCAUGCAUCACUGAAUACAUUUCAUCUGCCAGUUCACCAGUUCCUUCUAAGAGAACUUGUUCAAACUGCUCAAAGUAUAUAAUUCUAAAUUAUGUCCCCUUUUAUUUCCCUUCCUUGUUCUUGAUCAUAGUCUUAGUUGUAAUUUCUACAUUUUCUUUUUUUAUUUUUUGAGACUGAGUUUCACUCUAGUUGCCCAGGCUGGAGUGCAGUGGCGCGAUCUCGGCUCACUGCAGCUUCCGCCUCCUGGGUUCAACCGAUUCUCCUGCCUCAGCCUCCCAAGUAGCUGGGAUUACAGCCAUGCACCACCAUGCCCGGCUAAUUUUGUAUUUUUUAGUAGAGAUGGGGUUUCGCCAUAUUGGCCAGGCUGGUCUUGAACUCCUGACCUCAGGUGAUCCGCACACCUUGGCCUCCCAAAGUGCUGGGAUUACAGGUGUGAGUCACUGCGCCCGGCCAUUUUCAUUUCUUUUGAAGACAUGUCGUCUUGGUUUAGUAAAAAGAAGUUUUUUCUACUUUUAGUUCCUCUGAUGGAUUCUCUAGAAAUAUUUUUUUGCAGAAAUUAACAUGUGAAAAGUACUGUUUCUCUUCACCUUUAAGAGACUUCCAAAACUUAUUUUGCUACUCUUUUCAUUUGAAAUUCUCUGUAAGUGGGAUUAUUGUUUAUCCAUUCUGUUCUAUUUAACUGUAUAGGGAGCAACCUACUAAAAAAUUAAUCCUAUGACAAUUAGUUUGGAUUUUCCAAGAUGUGAAAUAAUAUUAUAUUUCUUUUAUAAUGGUAAAUGAAGUGAUUCUUUUGAAAAAUUGAUGGCCAUAGACAAACCUACAUGUCUCUAUGUAAUCUUUUAAAAAUUUAUGUGAGAAUGUGUGAAGAAUCAGUGUCAUUUUGGCUUUGAGAGUCCUAAGGCAGUAUAAUUAUGGUUGUUAGCACUUAGGAUAUGCUAAUUUUUAAGUGUUCUUGUUCAGAACAAGAGAAUUCAUAGGCAACCACAGUGCUUCUAAAUAUAACAAAUUUCUUUCAAAUAAUACUUGUUUUGGACUCAGGUUGCCAUAAUUUGAAUUUUGCUUCUUCUGUUUAGUUAUAUUUUACUACUCAGAGUUUCAUCCCUGAGUUGCUAGAUCAGCAUCACCCAAGAGUUUGUUAGAAAUGCACUUUCUCAGGCUGGGCGCAGUGGCUCACGCCUGUUAUCCUAGCACUUAGGGAGGCCGAGGUGGGCAGAAUGCCUGAGCUCAGGAGUUCAAGACCAGCCUGGGCAACACAGUGAAACCCUGUCUCUACUAAAAUACAAAAAAAUUAGCCGAGCACUGUGGCAUGCACCUGUAAUCCCAGCUACUUGGGAGGCUGAAGCAGUAGAAUUGCUUGAACCCGGGAGGCCAAAGUUGCAGUGAGCUGAGAUCGGGCCACUGCACUCUAGUCCGGGCGACAGAGUGAGACUCCGUCUCAAAAAGAAAAAAAAAGAAAUGCACUUUCUCCGGUCUUACCCUGACUUGCUGAUUCAGAACUGCAUUUAUCCCCAUGUGAUUCCUAUACAUGCUAAAGUUGGAGCAGUAUUGAGAACUUCUUUGUUACUUAGUAUUCUUAUCUGUUUUUGAUAAAUGUACAAAAGAAUUAUGAGCAUUAAAUAGUAUAUUUAAGUGGUCAGAACAAUACUAACAUGUAAUAAGAACUCAAUAAAUGUUAACUAUUAUUAUUCUCUUAACAAACUCACAAACUCUUUUGAUGGGUUUGCUUCAGCUCCUCUGGCUGCUGCUUCAGUUAUUAUCUGUUGCUUCAGGUCUUAUUCCAUGGAGCGUUACUUACCAUUCUCUUUUGCUUUUCAACCCUUCAAUACUAUACUAGUCUUUCGUCUUUUUACUUUUUUGCUAUGGGCCAUAUAGUACUCUCUUCAGCCUGCUUUCUCUCCCUGCAGAAUCAUAAAACUGGAAGGGACCUUAGAGACUCACUACACAUCUUCAGCAGAUGUCCCAGACAGAUUGAAAAAGGCUGAAGCAGGAAAGAUUUAGUGUAGACAUUUUAAAUCCAAAGGAUGUGAUCAGUGUCCAGCUGGAAGACACUACCUCUUGCAAAACUUUUUGCAGCCUAUCUUGUCUUUCAUCAUAUGAAGAAAAAAGAAAACCAUUUGUUACCAUAUGUACUAAUAGCAUUUUGACCAAGUGCAGCAUGUGCCAGAAGACUGCUAUUAUUCAGUAUGAAGUAAAAUACCAAAAUGUGAAACGUAAUCUUUGCAGUAAUGCCUGCCUUUCAAAGUUUCACUCUGCUAACAACUUCAUCAUGAACUGCUGUGAGAACUGUGGCACUUACUGUUACACCAGCUCUAGUCUGUCCCACAUACUUCAGACGGAAGGACAGUCUCAUUACUUUAAUAGUUCAAAGAGUAUUACAGCAUAUAAGCAGAAACCUGCCAAACCACUUAUAUCUGUUCCUUGCAAACCAUUGAAGCCCUCAGAUGAAAUGAUUGAGACUACCAGUGAUUUGGGGAAGACAGAGCUUUUCUGCUCUAUUAAUUGUUUCUCUGCAUACAGUAAAGCUAAGAUGGAAUCUUCUUCAGUAAAUGUUGUUUCUGUGGUGCAUGAUACUUCAACAGAGCUUCUUUCUCCAAAGAAAGAUACGACUCCAGUUAUAAGCAAUAUAGUGUCAUUGGCAGACACCGAUGUUGCCUUGCCCAUCAUGAACACUGAUGUCUUACAAGAUACAGUUUCUUCAGUAACAGCAACAGCAGAUGUCAUUGUGGAUCUUUCUAAGAGUUCACCUAGUGAACCCAGUAGUGCUGUUGCUAGUAGUAGUAUGGAACAGCCAAGCAUUUCACCAUCUUCAUCAGUAUUCAGUCAGCAUGCAAUUGGUUCCAGUAUAGAAGUACAAAAAGACAAUAUGAAAUCUAUGAAAAUAAGUGAUGAACUAUGUCACCCAAAAUGUACAUCCAAAGUACAAAAAGUUAAAGGUAAAUCACGAAGUAUUAAAAAAUCUUGUUGUGCAGAUUUUGAGUGUUUGGAAAACAGUAAAAAAGAUGUGGCAUUCUGUUAUUCAUGCCAGUUGUUCUGCCAAAAAUAUUUUAGCUGUGGAAGAGAGUCAUUUGCAACCCACGGAACUUCUAAUUGGAAAAAAACCCUGGAAAAAUUCAGAAAGCAUGAAAAAAGUGAAAUGCAUUUGAAGUCAUUGGAAUUUUGGAGAGAAUACCAAUUUUGUGAUGGAGCUGUCAGUGACGAUUUAUCUAUUCAUUCGAAACAGAUUGAGGGAAAUAAAAAGUACCUAAAGCUUAUAAUUGAAAAUAUUUUAUUUCUUGGAAAGCAGUGUUUACCCUUAAGAGGAAACGACCAGUCAGUUUCAUCUGUGAAUAAAGGCAAUUUUUUAGAAUUGUUAGAAAUGAGAGCAAAAGAUAAAGGAGAAGAAACAUUUCGACUUAUGAAUUCACAAGUUGACUUCUAUAACAGUACACAAAUUCAAAGUGAUAUUAUCGAAAUAAUAAAGACUGAAAUGUUGCAGGAUAUUGUGAAUGAGAUCAAUGACUCCUCAGCGUUUUCAAUCAUAUGUGAUGAGACAACCAAUAGUGCCAUGAAAGAACAGCUUUCAAUUUGUGUAAGAUACCCACAAAAAUCAUCAAAGGCUAUCUUAAUUAAGGAAAGAUUCUUGGGUUUUGUUGAUACUGAGGAGAUGACUGGGACCCACUUACAUAGGACUAUCAAAACUUACCUGCAGCAAAUUGGAGUUGAUAUGGAUAAAAUACAUGGCCAGGCCUAUGAUAGCACCACUAAUUUGAGGAUAAAAUUUAAUAAAAUAGCAGCAGAAUUCAAGAAAGAAGAACCAAGAGCUUUAUACACACAUUGUUAUGCACACUUUUUGGAUUUAUCAAUAAUUAGGUUUUGUAAAGAAGUAAAAGAACUCCGAAGUGCUCUAAAAACUCUCAGUUCUUUGUUCAACACUAUUUGUAUGUCUGGGGAAAUGUUGGCAAAUUUUCGAAAUAUUUGUAGGCUAAGUCAAAACAAAACAUGCAAGAAACAUAUAUCACAAUCAUGUUGGACAGUCCAUGAUCGUACAUUACUAUCUGUGAUUGACAGUCUUCCAGAGAUUAUUGAAACAUUGGAAGUUAUAGCAAGCCAUUCUUCAAAUACAAGUUUCGCUGAUGAAUUGAGUCAUUUGCUGACAUUGGUUUCCAAAUUUGAAUUUGUCUUUUGUUUGAAAUUCCUGUAUCGAGUGCUGAGUGUUACAGGAAUUCUUUCCAAAGAGCUUCAAAAUAAAACCAUAGACAUUUUUUCUUUGUCUUCAAAAAUAGAAGCAAUUUUGGAAUGUUUAUCAUCUGAAAGAAAUGACGUAUACUUUAAAACAAUCUGGGAUGGAACAGAGGAAAUAUGUCAAAAAAUAACCUGUAAAGGUUUUAAAGUUGAAAAACCUUCUCUUCAGAAAAGAAGAAAAAUUCAGAAAUCAGUAGAUCUUGGCAAUUCAGAUAAUAUGUUUUUUCCUACUUCAACAGAAGAACAAUAUAAAAUUAAUAUCUAUUACCAAGGAUUAGAUACUAUAUUACAAAAUUUAAAGUUAUGUUUUUCAGAGUUUGAUUAUUGUAAAAUAAAGCAAAUUUCAGAACUGUUAUUUAAAUGGAAUGAACCAUUAAAUGAAACAACAGCAAAACAUGUUCAGGAAUUUUAUAAACUCGAUGAGGACAUUAUCCCAGAACUUAGAUUUUAUCGACAUUAUGCAAAGCUUAACUUUGUCAUAGAUGAUAAUUGCAUAAACUUCGUCAGUCUUGGCUGUUUGUUUAUUCAGCAUGGUCUUCACAGUAAUAUUCCUUGUCUCUCAAAGCUAUUAUAUAUUGCUUUGUCUUGGCCAAUUACUUCAGCAAGUACUGAGAACUCAUUUUCUACCCUGCCUCGUCUUAAGACAUAUUUAUGUAAUACCAUGGGACAAGAGAAGCUUACUGGCCCAGCCCUAAUGGCUGUUGAGCAGGAGUUGGUAAAUAAACUAAUGGAGCCUGAACGACUCAAUGAAAUUGUGGAAAAGUUUAUCAGUCAGAUGAAAGAAAUAUAAUACUUGCUCAUUUGAACUUACCUAAAAGACUUGUAUUUCCAUUGGGAUGUUUUCAUUUCAAAAUUGUUCAAAAUUCAAAAGACACAGAAUGAUAUACAGUGAAGUCUCCUUCCCUACUUUAGAACUCAUUUUCUCUUCCCAAACAGUGUUAUCUUUUCCUUAAAUAUCCCUCUAGAGAUAUUUUUCCUAAGUGGUAUUGUACGGUGUAUACUGUUCUUCAGCUUGUCUUCUCUGUGUAACAUAUUUUUGAGAUUGUCCCAUGUCGUUACAUGAAGAGUUUCUUGAUUCUUGGUCUAUAACUGCAGAUGUUAUUGUAUGAAUGUACUGUAAUAUAUUUGAGCAGUCCCUGCUGACAUUUUUUUCCUAACCUUUUGCUAUUAUAAAUAAUGAUUCAUUUUAUAACCUUUUAUAUAAGUCACAUUGCACAUGAGUAAGUUACUGUAAGCUGGAAAUCUAAAGUUAGAAUUACUAGGUUAAGAUACGUGCAUUUUUACUUUUGAUAGAUAUUGGCAAGUUGCCAUCUGUAAGGAUUGUGCCAAUUUACAGUCCCACCCACAAUGCAUGAGAGUGCCUAUUAAAUCUUUGUAAGUGUUAUCAAAUGUUUUGAUCUUUCCCAAUCUCUUACUUUAAAAAUGGCAUUUUAAUCUCAGUAGAAUUUUGUAUAUUCACUUAAGAAUAAGGUUGAGGACUGGGCGUGGUGGUUCACACCUAUAAUCUCAGCCCUUUGAGGGCCUACGCAGGAAGGAAGAUCACUUGACGCCACGAGUUCAAGAUGAGGUUGGCAACAUAGUAAGACCUCAUCACUACAAUUUUUUUUUUUUUUAAUUAGCGAAGUGUGGUGCUGCAUACCUGAAGUCCCAGCUACUUGGGAGGCUGAGGCAGGAGGAUUGCUUAAGCCCAGAAAUUUGAGGCUGCAGUGAGCCAUGAUUGCACCACUAUGCUCCAGAGUCUAGGCAACAGAGUGAGACCUUAUCUCUUUAAAACAAACAAGAAUAAAGUUAGGUAUCUGUUUAUUUGUUUCAGCCAUUUGUAUCUCCUUUUUUGUAAACUGUCCUGUUUAAACGUUAAAAUCACUGCUGUGUUUUUGAUUUAUACAUCUCAGCUGGAUGGCACAAUAAAUUAUUAAGCCACGUUAUGAAAAUAUAACUAUAUUUAAGUAACCUGCAAAGAAAA